AUCGGCAGUGGGCCAUACAAAAUCUGCAUAUCAAAAGAUUUGAAUUUCUAUAAGAAUUUUUUUGAAUGUGAAUACUUUUAGUUUGAUAGCAAAAUUGUGCAGCUAAUUAGGAAUUCAUAUUUGUACUAGGUAUACUUUGUUUUUGUAGCAGUUACAUUUGUGACGACCUGAGCAGCAUCAGCGGUAAACUAGAAUUUCUCAAAAUAGAAACGGAAUUAGUGAAAGAGAAAUAUUUGAGAAUUCACAUUAAAUAAAUACAUAAGUAAACAGAGAAAGAGCGCUAAUGAAAAAUUUGUGGCAUUCAUUCAAAUUGUGCAUUAAAACACAUAAACGUAUACAUAUUUGCAGUAACAUUGUGCACAUGCGCGUCUGCAUUCUAAGCUAAACUAUGUUGAAAUGCAUUCCAAGUUGAGACGGCUUGCGGUUGGCGGCCUGGUUAACAACUAGCCGAAGCCAAAUACGACUACGUUGCGGCCAAAUGACCACGACAAUUGGCCGUUAGAAAUGUGAUGUAUAAACUUUGAAAGAAAUCGAGCUAAAGUGUAAAAUAAAUGAAUAGUUAUAAAAUAAAUUAAAAUUAAUACUGGUAGCCCAGAUGGCAAUGUUAAUAAUAACAAUGUUGAAAAUAAUGGUGGACGUGCAUAGAUAAAAGUGUGUAUGUGUAUAUAGAAGGUGGCACAAAAUUAAUCACCCUAUCGGAAGAUUUAUAAUUUUUGCAUGCGGCGGCGUAAUGCAGCCAUAAUUAACAUAUGUACGUAAACUGUGAACAGCUGCAUUAAACAAACAGACGAGGUAUGGAACGCGAAAAACUCAAAAUAAGGAUUUCCGUUAUUCAAAAUAAUUUUUUUUUUGGUAAAAACGUUUUUCAAAACCAGCUUUAUUGAAACUUCAUGACUAAUUUUGAUUCUUAAAUAAAAAAAAAAUAAUAAUUAAUGCUCUGAAAAGAAGCACGAAGAGUCAACGUACUCGUAAAACCAAUGAAUUCCACUAAGAAAAUAAAAAAUAAAAAUAAAUAUAAAAUAAAUGUAUAAUAAAAAAGUGUAAAAAACUGAGGAUUUCGAGCGGAAAACUUGAAAUCGAACCAUGUCGAAUUUACAUAAAUAAAAAAUGCCUGAAAUGAGUGAAAAUUAAUAGCUCCCGAAAGCAAAGAAAGUGCCGCAACAACACAGAAAAAAUAGUAAAUUUUAAAUUUAAUUAACCUCGCUAGCGCUCAAGACUUGCUACAUUUAAAAAGCAUUAAAUUUGACAGCAGUAAAAAUAUAAAUAAAAAGUAAUGGAAAAAUAAGCUGCAGACGCAGAAGUGAACUUUGAGACAAAACCUACAAAUGCAUGCCAUUCAUGCAAGUGUUUAAUCCCCAGUGCACGCUGAUGUAUGCAAAGAUAGAUACAUAUCCACACAUGCGACAAAAACAAAGCAAGCGCAUGCGCAACGACUUACCUACAAGUCUUCACAAGCAUUUAUGCUACUGCUGCUGUGCUUGAAGGAAAAAGUUGCCAUAAAUAUUCUAAUAGGCGAUUUUAUGCGUAAUGGCAGCUGCUGAAAGUUCAACUAAUUGAUUAUUUAUCACUGUGUGCACCAAAAACAACAGCAUUUGAGUGAAAAUUCAUUAUUAGCCGAUCACUGGCAGUCGGUGAUGAAUUUCUAAAUUUUAUUGCCAAAUUUUGCGUAAUUUCCAAAGUGAAUGUUCAAAUGUUGUGAUGACAGUUAUUCGCCGCUAGUUGAAAUAAAGGAAAAACAACUACAACUCAACUGGUGUCCACUGCGGUGAUGUUGGCUUGAGACAUUGAAGUUCUGCCUCAUUCCCUCAUCAAACAUGGGCAAUUCACUAACGCACGCCGUCAAUCGCGGCUCAACUGCCUUCAGUCUUAACAACAACAAUAACAAUGGCACAGCGCGCGCCUCAACAACACCCAGAAAUCAAAAGUCACGCUAUCACUCGACACUAGACUCCAGUGGCGGCGUGCCACCGCACAAGUCCAAAACAUUGCCAGCGCGUCACAGUCGACGCCGCAGCGAUCACACGACCAAUGACUUUCACGGCCAUAAACGCAGUAAAACGCCGCCAGCGACGGCGCCACCAAAUGGCGAAACCUCACGUGUGCUCUUCCUCCUCUAUCUGAUACAUCGCACUUGGAAUGUAGUGGUGGAGACAGUGGAUACACGAAGUAAAAGAUCCCGCCGUAGCGCUCCUGUACCGGAACAAGACAAAAGCAAUUCGGCGCAAUACUAUACGGAAAACGAGCUGAGCUGUUCGAAUAGUGAUGGUGAUUUUUCCAUUAAUAUUACAGAUCUUGAUGAGGCUGAGGUGGCUUCGUCGUUUUGCUGCUCACAAUAUUCCUACUGCAGUUGCAGUAAUUGUUUCGAUGCUAAUCAGAAUGUUUACAAUUCCAUUGGAGGUGGUGAGGACUGUUCGUUGGAUUCGAUAUGUGAGAGAGCUUUAUCGAAGUGUGGCAGGUGAGUAAUGCAUUUAUGAUUACAGAUAUUGCGAGAAACCUU